AUGGCUGAAACAGCGGCAAAUAUUGUAGCAGCAGCCUCGGAAUCUUACUACCGAGCAUUACAAUUUGAACAAGAGAACCAAAACUCUUACCAAUUAGAAAGUGGUAUCGUGGAGACGGAGGUAAUGGCGGAGGCACAAAACGUACCAAAGAAGAGAAGAGGCAAACCCCCAAAGAACAAGAGAAAUAGCCCUAUGAUUGGCACAAGUCUGAGAAUGAGGCGCUUUACACAAGUUCAGAACUCACCACGCAUCAGAGGCACAAAUACAAGAGGGGGCACAUCCCACGCAGCUGAAACAUCAAGAAGAAACGGGAGUGUUUCAAACAGGGGCAUAAGUGAGUAUGUAAGCACUCAACGACCAGUGGGCACGAUCAUACCGGCUAUUUCAAGAGCAACGGUGGAUUUUUGGCGUCCACCAAGUCCAAUUCCUUAA